AAAGAAAAUAGAGUAGAGAGAAGGGUUAUCUUUGAAACCUUAUUAGCAACAAGGAGAGGCUAGAAUUGCUCUCAAAUCUUGAAAAAGGUUAAAAACUUAUCCUAUCUUCUUUCAACACAAUUUUAUUUUUCACAAUAUAUAUUACAUUCUUCUCUCAUCACUAUAAAUUCUUUUUCUCUUCACUCUCUUUUUUUGUUCCUUCAAGUUCAUCAUUCAAAUUAUUUUCUUUUCUACAAUUCUUGCUUUUUUGGUAGUACCAAAAGGGUGUUUUAGAGAAGAAAAAAAAUGGCCCCAAAAUCAGGGAAAGGGAAAACAAAUAAAGCAAAGGCAGAGAAGAAGAAAAAAGAAGAGAAAGUUGCACCUUCUCUUGUUGACAUCAUUGUGGUAACUCCAUUUGAUUCACAAGUUGUAUUAAAGGGUAUCUCUACUGAUAAGAUACUGGAUGUGAGGAAACUAUUGGCUGUAAAGGUGGAGACAUGCCAUUUUACAAACUAUUCUCUAUCUCAUGAGGUUAAAGGUCAGAGAUUAAAUGACAGAGUUGAAGUUGUUACCCUAAAGCCAUGUCUUCUAAGAAUGGUUGAAGAGGAUUAUAAUGAUGAAACUCAAGCAGUUACACACGUGCGAAGACUAUUGGACAUAAUUGCCUGCACAACAAGGUUCGGAAAGCCCAAACGUAACUUACCAGGCCCAGAAUCAAAGCCCAAAAAAAACGGAAAAGCCCAAAAUCAAAACAAGAGCAGCGUGAGUCCACCCGCUACACCGAAUGGAGAACUUCGGGUCGGGUCACCGUCGUCGGAGCCACCAGCGUCGCCGAUAUCGGAUAAUGUCGGAAUGGUUGCUAUUCACCCGACGCCGAAGUUGUCAGAUUUUUACGAGUUCUUCUCUUUCUCUCAUCUCACUCCACCGAUUUUACAUUUGAAGAAAUGUGAACUGAAGGAUGACGAUGAUAGACGUAAAGGAGAUUACUUUCAGCUUCAGGUUAAAAUCAGCAAUGGGAAAGUGAUAGAAGUGGUUGCUUCAGAGAAAGGCUUUUAUAGUGUUGGAAAGCUGUCUCUGCAGAGUCACACAUUGGUUGAUCUUCUGCAACAGCUCAGCAGAGGUUUUGCUAACGCUUAUGGAUCAUUGAUGAAAGCUUUUUCGGAUCGUAAUAAGUUUGGCAAUCUUCCAUAUGGACUCCGAUCGAAUACAUGGCUUGUCGCUCCAUCUGUUGGUGAAUCUCUUUCAAACUUUCCAGCUCUACCUGCUGAGGAUGAAAACUGGGGUGGUAAUGGUGGCGGCCAAGGAAGAAACGGCGAAUAUGAUCAUCGACUAUGGGCAACAGAUUUUGCUAUAUUGGCUUCUCUUCCUUCGAAAACUGAGGAAGAGAGGGUGAUCAGAGAUCGAAAAGCUUUUCUGCUUCAUAAUCAGUUUGUUGAUACAUCAAUAUUUAAGGCUGUUGCAGCUAUACAACAUGUGAUGGAGUCCAAGUCUAUUGUGAAUUCUUCUCCGGGUUCUGUUCUGCAUCAAGAUCAAGUUGGAGACUUAUCCAUUGUAAUCGAACGUAACGGAAAUGGAAAGGUUGAUUCUACAUCGAAUGAAUCCAGUAAACAUAAUGAGGAUGUUCAGAAGAAUUUAAUCAAAGGGUUGUCUGCAGAUGAAAGUGUCACUGUUAAUGAUACGUCUUCAUUGUCUGUUGUUGUUGUUCACCACUGUGGAUAUACAGCAACAGUUAAGGCUGUGGGUAAUGUGAACACGAGGAAGCCUAAAGUUCAAGAUAUUGAAAUAGAUGAUCAACCAGAAGGAGGCGCAAAUGCUCUUAACAUCAAUAGUUUGAGGGUACUGCUUCACAAAUCUGGAGCCGAUUCAUCGGAAGGGACUUUGACGUCCUUGUCAAAUUUUGAUGACUUGGAUGCUUCUACAGAUCUUGUUAGGAAGGUGGUUGAAGAAUCCAUGGAAAAGAUAAAGGAAGAGCCAAGUGUUUCAAAACGGUCUAUUCGAUGGGAACUUGGUUCUUCUUGGAUGCAGCAUCUGCAAAAACAGGAAAAUUCUACCGAUGUCAGUUCCAAUAACAAGGAUGGAAAUGAUGUUGAGCAAGCUGUGCAAGGUCUAGGAAAGCAAUUUAAAUUAUUGAAGAAGAGGGAAAAGAAACCAAGUGACUUAAACGGUGCAGAUUCUGUGGAGCAAAAUAACGAUGAGCCAAAUAAUGUUGAACCAAGUAGUUCUAAUGAAUUAGAGAAACUACUUUCUAAAGAAGCCUUUUUGCGUCUCAAAGAAUCCGGAUCUGGUCUUCACAUGAAGUCAGUGGACGAGCUUAUCAACAUGGCACACAAGUUUUAUGAUGAAGUUGCCGUGCCAAAGCUGGUUACGGAUUUUGGAUCACUUGAACUUUCUCCCGUGGAUGGUCGUACACUGACUGAUUUCAUGCAUUUAAGAGGACUAAAGAUGGGAUCUUUGGGUGAAGUGGUUAAACUUGCAGAGAAUCUUCCACACAUACAAUCCCUUUGCAUUCAUGAGAUGAUUACUCGAGCAUUCAAGCAUCUACUUAAAGCAGUUAUUGCUUCUGUUGACAAUGUAGUAGAUUUACCUUCAGUCAUUGCAUCGACACUGAAUUUCUUACUUGGAACGUGUCGAACUGAAGAUACAGACCAAACUUCGGGUGAUGAUCAUAAUCUCAGAAUUGAUUGGUUGCGUACAUUUUUGUCAAAAAGAUUUGGAUGGACAUUAAAAGAUGAAUUUCAACAUUUGAGGAAGCUAUCUAUUCUAAGAGGGCUUUGUCACAAGGUUGGAUUAGAAUUGUUCCCUAGAGAUUAUGACAUGGAGUCACCUAAGCCCUUUGGAAAAUAUGAUAUUAUCAGCCUUGUUCCUGUUUGCAAGCAUGUGGGGUGCUCCUCAAUAGACGGACGCAAUUUGUUGGAAUCAUCAAAAAUAGCUCUUGAUAAAGGAAAGCUUGAGGAUGCUGUAAGCUAUGGAACUAAGGCAUUAGCAAAGUUGAUGACUGUCUGUGGUCCAUAUCAUCGUAAUACUGCAAGUGCGUAUAGUCUUCUUGCUGUGGUUCUCUACCACACGGGAGAUUUUAAUCAGGCCACAAUUUAUCAGCAAAAGGCAUUGGAUAUAAAUGAGAGAGAGCUUGGACUUGACCAUCCCGACACAAUGAAAAGCUAUGGGGAUCUUUCUGUUUUCUAUUAUCGUCUGCAACAUAUUGAGCUGGCUUUGAAGUACGUUAAUCGCGCUCUAUUCCUCCUUCAUUUCACGUGUGGUCUGUCUCACCCAAAUACGGCGGCAACAUAUAUAAACGUGGCUAUGAUGGAAGAAGGCAUGGGAAAUGUUCAUGUUGCACUUCGGUAUCUGCAUGAAGCUCUUAAAUGCAAUAAAAGAUUGUUGGGAGCAGAUCAUAUACAGACUGCGGCAAGCUAUCAUGCCAUAGCCAUAGCUCUUUCACUGAUGGAAGCAUAUUCUCUGAGUGUCCAACAUGAACAAACUACACUUAAGAUACUUCAAGCGAAGCUUGGCGCAGAAGAUCUUCGAACACAGGAUGCUGCUGCAUGGCUAGAGUAUUUUGAAUCAAAAGCAAUAGAGCAGCAAGAAGCAGCUAAAAAUGGAACUCCAAAGUCAGAUACAUCCAUUGCAAGUAAAGGUCACCUUAGCGUGUCAGAUCUCCUGGAUUUCAUUAGUCCUGACAACGAUUCAAAGGGAAGUGACGCACAAAGGAAACAGAGACGUCCAAAGAUACUUCCAAUAAGUGAUAGCAACAGUCAAGAACAUGAAGAUGCUGCAACAGUGGAUGAUUCUGCAACAGUGGAUGAUGCCGUUCUUGUUGACAACACAAAAGAAGCCCCAACAACGGUAAAAGGAAAUAUAGAAGAAACAAAAGCCACACGUGAUUCCAAGGAACCAAAAGAAAUUGUUGAUCUCAGCAGGCAGAAGCCAGUGGUUACAAGUGAAGCUGUUUACGAGACAUCAUCUGAUGAAGGUUGGCAAGAAGCCAUUUCAAAAGGGCGAUCAUCUAGUGCUGCUAACCGCAAGUCUGGACGCAGACAACGGCCUCUUCUAUCAAAGCUCAGCGUUAACGGUUCUGAUAAUCACAUUUACAAGGAAGCCAGCUAUAGGAAUGACACCUCUUCCCUAGCCCAAAAAGGAGCUCCAAAAGUAGCCUCAGCUAUGUUAUCUCCACCUAGAAAAUCGAACACCCCAAAAGCUGUGGCAUCGAAAAUUUCAUCUACUCCUGCGUCAUUGAGUUCUUUGGCCUCAAAGUCUAUAUCUUACAAAGAAGUCGCUGCAGCACCACCAGGUACAGUUUUAAAGCCAUUGUUGGAAAAAUCUGAGAUAGAGAAGGUAAAUGAUGAAAAUGAGACGCCAAAAAGUGAAGGUUCCAUCCAAAGUCCUAUAGCUGAUACAGUUCCACAGCAAGAUGAAAAAGAAGCAACAACUCAAGAAGAUGAAUUCGAACAGGAAAACUCUGCAUCAGAACUUGAGAAGGUUUCCCUUUCUUCUGAUCCGGCAAAGCCUUCAGAAACAAAUGGAAGUAAGCUUUCGGCUGCAGCCAAACCAUUCAGUCCAGGAACAUUGUCCGCAUCUCGCCAUAUAAAUCCAGUUCCUCUCGCAAGCAUAUAUGAUGUAAAUGGGAGUCAAGGCAUUCUUGUGGAACCUAUCCUUCCUCCUCCUGCUGCUGCCCGAGUUCCUUGUGGGCCAAGAUCACCACUGUAUUACAGAACCAACUAUACUUUCCGCAUGAAACACGGUUCAACGAAAAUAAGGGAAAUAAGUGGAUCAGGGGGUCCACGAAUCAUGAAUCCACAUGCUCCUGAGUUUGUUCCAAGAAGCGCUUCUCAAACAGAAACUGGUGAAGUCAAGAAUAGUACUUCAAAAAACAGUCUUUCAGAAUCUGAGAAGUCGGAGAUAGCAAGGCAGAUAUUGCUGAGUUUUCUAGUGAAAUCUGUUCAUCAAAAUGCUGAUGCUGCGGAUGAGCCUAAAGUUAGUGAAAUAAAAGUUGAGAAUUUUGAGAACUCUUCUGACGAAGUAGCUAAAGACAGCGCGGUCAUAAAGAUAAUGUAUGGUACUGAAGAAAAUAACAAGACAGUGGUUAAUUCCAGUGAUGACAUUGAAGAGCAAGAAAAUAGUGAAGGAUUUGUAGUUGUCACAAACAGGAGAAAAAACAGACAGAAAAUUGCAAAUGGAGUCCCUGAAUUGUACAACCAGCCAUCAAUAUGUGCUUCGGUUCGUUGAAUAGAGUCAUGAAUCGAAUCAUCAAUGAUCCAAAUUUGUUUGCUUUGUAUGGCCAAAGCUCUUGACAUUAUAUUGUUAAUAGUAUAUGACCUCUUUUCAUAAAAUUUUGGUCAUUACAUUCAUUUUGUUUUUUGUUUAUAUAAUAAGUUAACUAGGGUUUUGUUUUUUUUUCUCUCUAUAAUAAGAUACUUGCAAAUUUUGUUUUUUUGUCAAUAAAAAGCUGAUUGGUAAGUUCACUUUA